AUUCGCCGAUCCGAGUUUCUUGGGCGCCAGAAGGCCCUAGCACUCGAACUGGACUCCGCUGGGGUUGAUGCUUUCAUUGCUGAACCAUCUGCUUCCACGUCUUAUUAUGCAAACAUUUCUUCAAGCUUUCACCUCUCAGAGCGCCCAUUCCUGAUGAUCAUUGGCAAAGAUGGCCAAUUUACAACGCUAGUACCCAAGUUUGAAGCUGGUCGCAUUGCAAAGCUCGACAUGGUUUUCGACAACAAAACAACAAUCACGUGGAUCGAAGAAGAGUCGCCGUAUGAAGCACUCGCUCGAGGCACGGGCUACAAGAAAGUUAUGAUUGAUGAGCAUGCGCGGUUCAUGAUUGCAACCGGUCUGCAAGAGGCGGGAAUUGAGGUGGUGCCUAUGUCAGAGACCAUUCAGUCUCUCCGAUCCGUCAAGUCGAUGGACGAAAUCGCUCUACUGAAAGGGAUCAACUCGUUCACGCUUGCACUGGUUCAGUCCCUGCAAAAGUGUAUCCGAAUUGGUAUGACUCAAGAAGAAGUUAUUGACGCCUCACAAGCACUAUUCACGCGUGCUGGGGUGGGUUAUGGAUUUUGGGUGCUGGUGCUGUUUGGCGAUCAGGCGGCUCUACCACAUGGCGGUGAGACUGGAAGAACGCUGAAAAAGGGUGAAUUUGUCCUUAUUGACAUCGGCUCGGAACUUCAUGGGUACUGCAGUGAUGUAACACGCACAAUCCUACCAACUGGAGCCACCGUCAGUGACCACCUCAUGGCCGUCUGGCAAAUUGUACGGGAGGCGCAGUCGGCUGGUUUAUCGCACAUGAAUGCAGAUGAAGCUUGCUCUGCAAUUGACAGUGCCUCUCGCGAUGUAAUAAAGCGUGCCGGGUACGGCCAGUACUACACCCACCGAUUGGGACACGGACUUGGCUUGGAAGGACACGAGCCGCCAUAUUUGAACGGUGCUAACGACCAAAAGUUAAAACUGGGUGAAGUGGCCACAAAUGAGCCGGGUAUUUAUGUCACUACAGAAGAGGCAGCCCUGCUUGGAAAGAAAGCGGGCUUUGGUAUAAGAUUGGAGGACCCCAUCUUCGUUACCGAGAAUGGUGGUGUGUUACUGACUGGAAACCGGGCACAAUCUCCUUGGAAUCCUUGA